AUGAGCGUGGCACCGAGCGGCAUGACUUCAGACACUAAGACAGACGUCUUGGAGGUCUGGAGUGCAUUCCGGUUCGUGAGGAUGGGGUGGCUGUCGGCGCAGGAGGCAGUUAACUUUGUUGAUUUAUUCUUUCAAAACAUGUCUCCCUUGUCGCCUGUGUUGGAUGACUUCUACGCUGAUCACGUCAACCACUUUGACCUGGUUACCCGCGAGCCUCUACUUGGGUGCCAAGAGAAGAGUUCCAAGGCCAGGACGCGGACCCUGGGUUCCAUAGAGGCGCUGAUACUCCUUACCGAAUGGCACCCGCGGGCUUUACAGGUCCCUCCGGUCUCUGACGGGUGGGACUCGGACAUGAUCAUGUCGUUCCCGGAUGUGCGCGACCAGAAUGGUGCGGUUGUCGACAAUCCGUCCCGUGACAGGUGGCUUGAGGACGUCAUCCAGCCUGCACAGCGGUCGGACAGGAUGUCCCGGACAGUGCUGGGCAUGGCCAUGACUCUUGCGAAUGAACUCGGAGUGUUCGACCAGCAAGAGGAUGCGGAUACAGAGAAGCUGUCUCAGUAUGAGAUCCGGCAGUACCACAGACGCAAGGCACUGCCCAAGCUGUUGUUUCUGUACCAGGAGCAGCUGUCGUCGAGGCUUGGCUGCAAGUCCCUGAUGCCAGAGAGCGUCAGCCAUGGAAUCACGUCCUCCAGCGCGUCGAGAAUGUCGUUUGCGAAGCGCGGGGAGGACUGGAACUCGUUCAUAAUUGCCUGGACGGAGCUCACCAAGAUGGUGCGGUCCAUAUCUGACGCGCUCUUCCCGUCGCAGGCCAUCACGAGCCAGCUGCUCCGCAGCGGCCGCUACAUCAUCAUAAUCGAGCAUUUCAGGCUGUUGCUCUCCGGCUGGGAAGAGAAGCACCUGAAAAGUCUCGGGACCAAGACAUAUUUUUAUGACCUCCUGACCGUCGAGCACCAGAACACGCAGGCCCACGCCAACUCUCUGGGUCUCCAAGCCGUAGUACAGAGAACCCUAGCCGGCUCAGACGCCGCCUCCACCGCGGGCCAGAUCGAGAUCAGCUCGACAGACUACAACUUCAUCCAGGCCGUCGUCGACGGCUGCCUCGAAACACUGAAGAUAACAGCAGCACUCGCCCAGAGAAACAUGCUCAAGUACGCCCCCGUCGGCGUCUUCCUGCGGAUAACCACCGCCUCAGUCUUCUUGCUCAAGGCCCUCGCGGUCGGCGUCAGCACCACCCGGCUCCGCCGCUCGCUGGACACCCUGACGCGGGCGAUAUCCGCACUGCGCGAUGAUGCCGUGUGGCUGCCGCAUCUGGGAGUCUUUGGUGCGGACUGGGAGCUCUCCGACAGUCAUCAGAACCACCCGGCCGGUAAGGAUGUCGAGGAGUUCCCAACGCAAGAAACUCUUCUCUACCGAGCCUACUACUCAGAUCCAAUCGCAAGGCGCCACCCGUGGUUAUUUGAGCUAGAUUGGCCUCCAGAUGACACCGAGACCGAUUUGGACGACGACUAUAUUAUGAGUCAUCUUUGGUCAGGCGAGGCUGUCUACGUUCGAAGUCUUGUCACCCAUCAUUAUCUCGGAGUGGCUGGCGAUUAA